CACAGUGCUGGAAGUACUGUGUACAAGGCUGAGGUGGCAUCGGUGGCAGAUCAUUAUGGCGGAGAUCUCGGUUUCUGCCGCGUUGAAACAGCAAUUUAAAUCUCUGUGCUUGAAAUCGUUCCCGUGUGGCACCGGGAGCUGGAACAACUCCCUUUUGAACUAUGGAAAGAGUGUCUUUCUCCACUCUGAAAAUGAUAAUCCAGAAAACGAGAAUCUGGAUAGCCUAACUGAUCUCUUGACCUGUAACGGGUCUCCGUGGGGGUUGGAAGGCUGUAGUCCAGAGACCCAGAGCUUGAGACAACUAGCAAUAAAACGUCCCGAAAAUAUCACUGAUCAAUUCAUCUUUUCAUACUUCAAAUCUGUGAGGCUGGUGGACAAACAGGUGAGCGAAGUAGAUGAACAUCUGCUCAGAUUCCAUAAUUUAGAGGAACUUGUGCUCAGUGCAAAUAAAAUAACAACAAUUCAGUCAUCUAACCUUCCUAGGACAUUAAAGGUACUGGAGCUCUGCUCAAAUCAAAUCUCAAGCUUAAAGGAUCUAAGUAGAAACCCACCUGCCACAUUACAGCAUCUAGGUCUUGCUUACAACCGGAUAAAACUCUCUUCUGAAAACAUAUACUUAACUUCAGAUAUCUGGCCAAGCUUAGUUUCUCUUGACCUGAGUUUCAAUGACCUCACAGAUAUCUUUGACCUGGUUCCCAAGCUGUCAACCUUGCCAAAGCUCCGGAUUCUUGUUCUGCAGGGAAACCCCCUGACUUUUAUUCCUUACUACCGUGGUUACGCAAUAGACAGUCUUCCUGCGAUGUGCGUGUUGGAUGACAUUCCCAUACUACCAGAUGAGAGACAUCAGUUCAGAGGACUAUCUAGGAGGAAAGAUGAUCUUGGAAGUUCAGCACAGAUUCUUGUAAGCAUUGGCAAAUUACAAGGCAUUCCUAACCCACUAAAUGCAUCAGAGCAACAAACAGGUGGAGAAUUCCCGCUGAUUACAUACAGUUACUAUUUAACGUAUGAAUUUAUUGAGGACCAGAAAAGGACAGAGUAUACUCCGGCACCUGAGACAGUGUCCGGUCAGCAUCAGCAGACUCCUACGAAGAAUGAAACAGAACAACCUGUUGCCUUAACCUCUCACUUUCAUACCGGUUGCUACAAGACCCCAGCACUGCCUUGGCUGGAAGUCAUUGAAUGUAAUUAUAAAAAUACCCACGCUGUGAGAGAUUUGCUGGAACUGAAAGCCUUCCUUCUCACUGGAAUGAAAGUAUCUGUUACAGAGGAAAAGACAUUAUCAUGGCCACUGGAUCCAGAGCGAACCCAGAAUGGAGCAGUCAUUUCAAAGCCAGAGAAAAAGGGGGACGGCAAGGACAAGGGUAGAAGCAGCUCCAAGGGUAGCAAAUAUGGUUUAAAGAAUAAAAAGAAGAAAGAGCAUUUAGAAGAGCUUCGGCACGAUCCUCCCAUUGUGAGGACACUUGGAUCUGUCAACACGUCCUUAGAAGGUCUUGUGCUGGGAGAGACGCUGGUGAUCAGUGUUUGUAAUUUUGGAAUAGCAUGUACGGAGAUAGAAAAACCACUGGCCACAUGUGAAAAGAAUAUAAAGAAAAGCAAAGACCAGAAACUGACAGGUGGGCGGGAAAGUGUAGAGACCCAUAAGGCAUCUGGAUCAUCUUCAGGCAAGCGGAAACAGGCUCCUGAAACGAAACCCCCAGAAGACCAACUGUCCCCUGAGCCAGUGCCUAUAACUGCAGAGAUCCAAGUACAGCUCAUUCGCUGGAACUCACCAUCAGAACCUCAAAAGAAGUGAGGGAAGAUUACAACUGCGAGCGUGAGCCUUCAUCACCCUGUACGCUCCUUAACAAUAAAGACUUGACCUAACAA